AUGGCUGCACUCCCUCCAGCUCCGUUGAAUGUCGACCGCUAUGUUGUCAUUCAUGUGGCCACCACCUGCGACGAACACGGCGUUUAUGUGACUAAAGAUUCGGCAGAGGUGAUCGAGAUUGGGUGGAUCUUGGUGGACGCGAAGACACUCGAGGAGCUGCAUCACGAAAGCGUCCUGGUCAAGCCUAUCAACACCCCCAUCACCCCUCUAUGCACGAGCCUGACCACCUUAACAUGGGAGCACGUUAGGAAUGCCGGGACGUUCAGGGAUGCAAUUAACCGUUUCGAUACCUUCGCCUCCGAGCAUCUUAACUCGCAGAACCUCGACUUCGUCUUCGUAACUCUGGAUGCUUGGGACCUCCGUGUUCAGCUACCACGAGAAGCCCGCGACAAAGCCGUUGUGCUCCCUCCGUACCUCCAGCACUCUCGGACUUUCGAUUUGCGAACCGAAUACCAGAGAUGGCAGCAGCACCACCCCGAAUGCUUGGCCUUCGGCCCAUCGUCGCUGGCUAAUAUCUGUGCGGCUCUUGAGGUCGAGGCCGUGCAAUCGAGUGCUCCCAUCAAGCACAAUCUGCCUUUCCAUCUUCAGGCGCUGGCCCCUGCCUCGCCUCGCAGAGCUAUGGACGAGGCUAUCACCCUCGCUCGUGUUCUCCGCGGUCUGGUCCGGAAGUCCCAGCCUCCCAAUGAGCAUCCUGACGUGCUCACUCGGCCCAUGGAUGCCCGUGCGGACGUGAGGGCCUUCCUCUCGGAACGCAGCAAGGUGCUCCACAUGUCGGGCCUGCCCCACGACACGACCCAAUCUGAACUCGAGAGCUGGUUUACCCAAUUCGGUGGCCGCCCCAUCGCCUUCUGGACUCUUCGCACGCCCGAGCAGCACAAGCCCACGGGCACUGGUUUCGCAGUCUUCUCAUCCCAUGAGGAAGCGGCUGAGAGUCUGUGUAUGAAUGGACGAGCUCUCAAUGAGAAAGCCAUCGAGGUUUCCCCAUCCUCGAGCCGAGUGCUGGAUCGGGCCCAGGAGAUAUUAACCCCGUUCCCGCCGAGCAAAAACCGACCUCGACCUGGAGACUGGACCUGCCCUAGUUGUGGAUUCUCUAACUUUCAGCGUCGCACGGCAUGCUUCCGCUGCUCGUACCCGGCGGUCAGUGCUGGCCCGACGGGUGACAUGGGCUAUGGUGGCUACGGUGGAGGUGGCGGCGGAGGCGGUGGUUACGGGCCACCAGCGAUGAUGGGCCCACCGCACCACGGUGGCGGUCACCACCAUGGACAUAUGGGCCACGGCGGCGGCGGCCGCAUGGGAGGCAGCGGUGUUGUUCCUUUCCGUGCCGGAGACUGGAAAUGUGGCAACGAAGUCUGCGGAUACCACAACUUUGCCAAGAACGUGUGCUGCCUCCGCUGCGGUGCCAGCCGCGCAGGUGCUGCCAUUGUUGCCGACUCGGGCUACCCGACUCCGAUGGACACUCCAUCCAGCUACAUGAGCCAAGCGUCCAUGGGCGGCACACCUGGACCCGGACCCUUCGGAUCGGGAGGCGGAUUCAACUCUGGAGGUGGUUACGGCCAGCAGUUUGGCGGCCCGCCCAGCACCUAUGCGUUGCCAUCCGGGAUUGGCGGCGGCGCAGCACCUUACCCUUCCCUGAACACCCACUUCGGUCCUGGCCCUGGUGCGCACUCUGCCGGGCCAUUUGACAGCCGUGCUGCCGAAGCUGCCUUCCAGUCGGCCCAGAACGGCCCCGCUUCUGCUGGGCCCUCCAACAACUUCUACUCCACUGGAGAGAGCGACCCUUUCGCCUUUCUGUCGAGCGGAAUUGGCGGCCUUUCUGUCAGCGGCGGGGACCCCCGCCAGAAUGGUGGCGGAGCUCCUAGCAAGUCGCCUGCCUAA